GUGAGUCCUCUCGUAGUUCCUCAUCUGUCCCGAUCUCUCUGCCUCGACCGCCCUCGCUCGCUCUGUCCAGUCUCGACCAGCCACGAUGAGGAUACUAGCGCUGCAUGUCUUGUGUCUGGUGGGCUCGCUAAUGCUCUGCAGAGCAGGUCAGGAGGACAGAGAGUGUGACCACUUCACUGACCUGGACUUCCACGACUCGUUUAUCGGGACCAACCUGUACGUGCGUCUGCUGCUCUACACGCGGGCCAACUUGGACUGCGGCCAGGAGCUGGCCCACCACCGCCUCGCCGCGCAGCCGCUCUUCAACCUGUCGCGCCCCACGGCCUUCGUCGUCCACGGCUACCGGCCCACGGGGGCCCCCCCCAUCUGGAUCGACCACUUGGUGCGCCUGCUGGCCCUGCAGCAGGACAUGAACGUGCUGGUGGUGGACUGGAACCGCGGCGCCGCUAACCUCAACUACUUCACCGCCGUCACCAACACACGGCGCACCGCCGCCAACAUCACGGGGUUCAUCCAGAAGAUGCAGGAGGCGGGAGCAUCCCUGGACUCUGUCCAUCUGAUCGGGGUCAGCCUGGGGGCACAUGUGGCAGGCUUCAUUGGGGCCAUGCUGGGGGGAAAGGUCGGCAGAAUCACAGGUCUGGACCCCGCUGGACCCAUGUUUGCAGGUGUGCCACCUGAGGAGCGUCUGGAUCCCACGGACGCUCAGUUCGUAGACGUCCUGCACACCGACAUGGAUGGCUUUGGACUCAGAGGGACUCAUGGCCAUAUUGACUUCUAUGCCAAUGGAGGAUCGGAUCAACCAGGAUGUCCCAAGACCAUCUUCUCAGGAAAGGCGUACUUUGUGUGUGACCACCAGCGGUCAGUCCUCCUGUACCUGUGUGCUCUCAACCGCACCUGCAACCUCACCGCCUACCCCUGCUCCUCCCACACCGACUUCCUCAACGGCCAGUGCCUCCAGUGUGAAGCCUUCAAGCCCGCAUCCUGUCCUGUUUUGGGCUACGACCUUAGUCCCUGGAGGGACACUCUUGUGAAGCUGGGACAGACCAGGGCCUUCUUCUCAACCACAAGCGAAUUUCCAUACAGCAAGACCAGCUACAGGGUGGACAUUGUGACGUGGAACCAGUACCUGCGCUGGGGCGUGGUGGUGCUCCGGCUGCACAGCGGGAAGAACAUGAUGGAGACCAGGAUGGACAACAAGCUGUACAGAUUUGAGCAGUACACAUCCACCCGACUGCUGGCUCAGUUUGAUGAGGACCUGUACCCCAUUCAGAAGAUCUCUCUAAGGAUCGUCACAGGGAACGUGAUCGGACCGCGCUACAAACUGCGGCUGUUGCGCAUCAGGAUAACUCCACUCAACAAGCCAGACAGGCCGUUGAUGUGUCGCUACGACAUCGUCAUGGAGGAAAACAUGGAGGUCUCCUUCAGGCCCAAUCCCUGCAACGAGGACAACGCAUGAGGCGCCGUCCGACCAACACUGCUAUGUUCAUACCACUGCCAUAAUAACAAUCACAGUUACCCUUUCUCCAUGCAUCAGCACUCAGCCAAGACAUACCGGACUCUGGGGUCACGCUGCCCCGGGCUCUUGAGAACCAAAGAACUGCUACACAGCAUAUCUUGAAGGUUGAUGUGGACCUGACUGACAACUGGGAUGACGAGACUGUUAUGAGAAGACUGCGUCUUUGAGCAAAGUCUGCUUUGGAGCCUCUCUUUGUGCCUUAACAUUUCUGCCAAUAUCCAGAGAAUCCUUUUUUUCUAUCUGUAAAUGGAUCGAGCAAUUAGAAAUCAGGUAUGACUAGUAGAGGUCACAAGAUGAACAGCAUUAAAACAUCACUGUCUCACACAGUGAGAGAUUUGAAAUACACUUGAGUGCACUUUAUUUAAAAUAAGUUGUAUAGCUUCUUCAUACUUUAAAGACUUCAGUUAUGCUUUGUAAAACUUUAAAUCUUGUGAAGUUUUUUUUUUAUUACAUCUAAAAAAAUAAAAAUAAAAUAUUUUUUAACCAC